GAUGCGGGCUGAGAGACACCAGACUGGCGGGUUGUGAGAGGAUGAACCGGCCCAUGGAGCCUCCGGAUCAUAAAUUAAAUCCCAUUUCAACGCCUGGAUAAAAGAAAAACACCCGGAGAUGAAGCCCUUUCCUGGGGGAAGACAGCCACCAUUGCAAAGAGGCGUUCAAGGACCAGCUUGCAGCACUUAAAGGGAACUCUGUAAUACCACACUUGGUUGAGGAAAUUUUAAUUUAAUGGCACAGAGGGGUGCAAGACAGAGCCAGAGGAUUAUUGCACAGUUGGGAUAUGGAGUAUUUGUCCGGCUGAGGAUAAAUAUCUCUGCAUGAACUGGUUUGUCCGAUUUUUUUUUUUAGCUCUGCAGCGUUAAUCCUCGGUUGUAAGGAGUUGUAUUCAGCUGAUGGCUGCAGCACUGCAUUCCUCCUUUAUCAUGCAUGCACAGACACGUUUGCAUGGGUGAAACCUGCAAAAAAAUGCACAUAAGGGUGUAAUAUCAACACCAGCACCAGCCCAUGUCUGCACUGGGACCAGCACUGUGAAGCCACAGCAACCACAGAGGCUUUAGCUGCAGAGAGAGAGAGAGAGAGAGAGAGAGGAUCAAAAGCUGAAGCUAUCCUCCAGUCCUGUUCACACCACCCCUCAAGAGACCUCCCCACCCUCCCUGGAGGAUCUGUUUCCACUCCACCAAAAGCCACCAAAAUCCUGCAAAAAUGGGAGAGCAGCCCAUCUUCAGUACACGGGCCCACGUCUUCCAGAUCGACCCAAACACCAAGAAGAACUGGGUUCCCACCAGUAAACACGCCGUCACUGUCUCCUACUUCUUUGACAACACCAGGAAUGUAUAUCGAAUCAUCAGCCUGGAUGGAUCUAAGGCCAUCAUCAACAGCACCAUCACCCCCAACAUGACGUUCACCAAGACGUCGCAGAAGUUUGGCCAGUGGGCCGACAGCCGGGCGAACACCGUCUACGGCCUCGGCUUCUCUUCUGAGAGCAACCUGGCCAAGUUCGCAGAAAAGUUUGCCGAGUUCAAGGAGGCGGCGCGGUUAGCGAAGGAGAAGUCUCAGGAGAAGAUGGAGCUCAGCAGCACUCCCUCUCAGGAGUCGGCCCCAGGUGAUCUGCUGUCACCUUUGACCCCAGAGAGCAUCAACGGCACGGACGACGAGAGAGUCACACCGGGCACGCCUCAGCACCCCGAACCCCGAGCAGAGCCUUCCCAGAAUGCACUGCCCUUCUCACACAGUUCAACCAACGUCAACAAGCACUGGGAGGCAGAGCUGGCAGCACUUAAGGGAAACAACGCCAAGCUGACGGCGGCUCUGCUCGAGUCCACGGCCAACGUGAAACAGUGGAAGCAACAGCUGGGGGCCUAUCAGGAGGAAGCAGAGAGGCUACACAAACGGGUGACGGAGCUGGAGUGUGUGAGCGGCCAAACUACAGUGAUCAAAUCCCAAAAGACAGAACUCAACCAAACGAUAGAGGAGCUGGAGUCGGCUUUGAAGGCCAAGGAGGAGGAGUUGGAGAGACUUAAAGCAGAGGUGGAGAGUGCCAACGACUUUCAGUCUCAAAAAGACUUCCUGACACAGAAGCUACAGGACACAGAGUCAAUGAACCACAGGUUGGAGGCCCAGCUGACUGAUCUGGAGCAGCGUCUGCAGAGCGACCAGCAGGAGAGGGAAGCCUUUCGUAAGAACCUUCGCUCGCUGCUGGAGCUGCUGGACGGGAAGCUCUUUGAGCUGACGGAGCUGCGGGACGCGCUGGGGAAGCUCAUCGAGAACAGCUAGAGGGAAACGAAAACACCGUCACCAACGCCAUCAGCAGGCACUCAGAGAGGAAACGACCUGCAUGUUGGCACACCACGUCGUCACUGACAUGUAACUUGAAUUUUGUUUUUUCACAUUUAUACGUGUAAAAGUUUACACAAGACUUUAUGCAUUAAAAGGUACACAGUUUUUAGGUUUUUUUUUGCUACAGUACACGUUUACAAACAAACCAAGUGAAAGAGGCUUUGCUUGGUCCAUGCCUUCCCUCCGCUCCACUCUGGAAAGAUCUGAACACGAAAAACUCUCAAUCAGUUUUGAUUUUGUUUCUUUAAUAUCGUGCCGUUUGCGGGGAAAUUUUGUAUUUUUGCUCCUUCAAAUCUUUCAGACUUUAAUCAAUGAAUCAAAGACGAGCUGCGUUUUUGUUUUUCGAGCUGCGCAGUCACCUGGAGCCGGUGAUUGUUCGUUUUUCUCCCCAUCUUCUUUCUUUCAUCGUCAGCCAAAUGAACACUUGGGAGUCAGAUGAAGAUGGAUUUGAGCUUUUCCUACACUCUGAUUCAUUUUUAGUUUGCUGAACUUUGGAGGGUGACGGGCGCUUUCGAAUGUCAUGAAGAGACAAAGGUUCCUCCUGUGAGUGAAAUCCACCGAGGGACUGCCAAAAAAAAAAAAGGACUUAGUCUUAUAUUCUUAUACAAUAUAUGAGCAAUACGUUAAAAAAAGGGAGCAUCAGAGGGUAAAUAAACACUUUCCACUCUCACUUUCAGGUACUUUUACUCCUCUCUCGGAUAUGUUUAGACCACAAGCGAGAUUUUAUUCACUUUCUUUCGAUACACUUUUUUUUUUUAACUAUAAACAAAUUCAUAGUGCACUUGUAAAAAUGGAGUUUGUGUGUAUGAGUGAAUCUUUCUCCUUUUCGUUUUUUGUUGCGACUUGAAGUGCAAUGAUUGAAUCCUUUUUUGUUGUUGUUAUUUAUUACUAACUGUUACUGAUGAUGAAAGUUGUACACAAGAAAAGAUCUUUAUUUGCAUCUUGUUUUCACUUAAUAAUUUUUUUAUUGUCUGGUACGUGGGUUGUCGAGGUAGUUUUGUUGUUUUGGAAAAACUGGCAAUAUUUUUGAACUAUUUAUGAAAUGAAAUGAGAAUAUAAAGAAGGAGAUUGCAGGUUGGAUUUGCAGAGAAUCUUUUGAAGUUCUUUUGCCAAAUAAUGUUUUCCUGUACAGAUUUGAAUUGUUGCUGAUGUUGCUUUUGGUACAGAGAUGCACCAACGGUAGCCAACUAGCGGUACUUUAUUUUUUUGUGGGAUUUACUAUUGCCAAAAAUUCAGCGACAUUAAGGGGGAUAGUAUAUACACCUGAAGAACACUAUUUAAGGGCUUGUUGUUGGUUCGGGUACAUUUGGGAGACUUGAUUUUAGCGGUGACUUUCUCAUGUUGAAAAUUAAAAAAAGUAUUACAGUUUGAAAGGCUAAAAAAAAGCAUUUGAAUAAAGACUUUUAAUGUUGAUUAUAACACAUGCUUAAAA